AUGCGUUGGUCACAAAAAAUGAACGCAAACGCUCUGCGGGCGUACUUUAGGGCAAAAGGGGAAGAAACCGGAUGUUUGGCAUAUCGGGCUCGGAUACAUCGCUUUUUUGCAGAGCUGGAGCCAUCUCUAUCCGUCACUGAGCAAAACCUGGCAGACCGAGUUCGGUACAUCCUGCGCUCCAACAUAUUUGGUGACGCCGAAAUCGAACGACUACGACGUGAGGCUGUUCCCUCAUCGGAUGGAAAUGCUACGGCUGGGAAUACGGCGCCACUAAUUGCGCAGCAAACUGCAAAUGUGGACGCUGCCGUCAAUAUUCCAUUUGUGGUUGAUUCAGACGAUGAUGGAAUAGUCCCCCGCGAACUAGAGAAAAUGAGGAGCAUAUUGGAAGAGUCGAUACUGGAAACGCGCAGCAUGCUUCUCGAAAAUCGACCUUGA